CAGCUGGUUGAUAAACUUCUUAAGGCACACAAGACCAUGAAAUGCAAUGUCACUGAAAAUUUGUUUUUUUUGCAUUCACUUGGGACUUCUUUCCCAAAAAUUUAGGUGCAAUCAGCAGCAAACAUGGUGAAAGGUUUUGGGAUAAUGCUUGGAAUUACAGGUGGAAGAUCUGCUUAAUUGCUAAUGGUUCAUUUUAUUUCGAAUGUUGAUGUAACAGAAAAAGUAUGCUCACCACAAAUGUACUAAUAAUGGAAAAUAUCACCAAUUUUUGUCCAUUUGAUUACUGAUAUGAGAUCAUUUUCAAUUUCUAGUGACCACACAGAUUUUUUCCCAUGACCGUUUGUCCCUAACUUUCGGGUCUUUUUGUCCUCGUUUAGAAAUUAUGAAAUAUUGAUCAACAUGAAAAUAAAUAACCCUUAUUCUAGGGCCAUAAUGUUCCCGUUAUGGAGUAAUCUGACAUACUCAACAAGCACAACCACCUUUGAGUAUUAGCACUGUUACAUUUCCAAGUUAUGCUCUCUCCCUAGCAAUUGGCGACCGAUAGCCGAAUCAUAUCUUUCCCUGCGACUGUAGAGUGCGGUAGCACCGCCCCCGUUUCUCCUGCCUUCUGCGAAUGCGCAGUUGAUGCCUUUGAAGCCGGAAGGGUGAGGUGAAGUUGCCCGUCCAAAGGGCGCCCAGAAAAUGUUCUUCUCGUUCAGGCGCCCGCGAGGAAGCGGGAAAGUCGCGAGGCCAGAGCUACCUGCGCAACCUCCUUCUCCGCCCAUCUGAACCUUUGUAUGCGCGCAGGCAGACAGUUGCCUGAGCGAGGGCCACGUGUUUGAAGUUGGUGCCUGUUUUUUUUUUUUUUAAAGAGACCAAACCAAGGUGGUUGACUGGCUGACUGCUGAGCAGUGCCGCUUUGCUAAGGCGGCUGCGUCCCACCGUUGCAGAAGGACCGGCCCGAAGAGCAGCCUCCUUGACCAUCUAUUGUCUUCGCCUGUUCCCGAGAGACUCCUCGCCAAAAUGGCAGAUCUGAACCGGCAACUGCAAGAAUAUUUAGCUCAGUCCAAGGGCGGCGGCGGCGGCUCUACGGUUUUGUCAGUUCCUCAGACUCCUCCUCAGGACGAAGCAGAAGAAAGCGGCUCUGGCUUGGGCGUCUGGCUGCGGCGCAUGAACCCUUUCCCCGCGACAGGAACGUGGUCGGGGGCGACCGAGCCGGAGGCGGAGCCGUGGUUACCGACGGGGGUGUCCCGUUGGCAGAGACUGGUGGGGUGUGCCCUGUGUCUGCUGUUGGCUGCUCUCUGCUUCGGCCUCGCCGCGCUUUAUGGCUCGCUCCUGCUGCUUCGGAAGUUCGCGCUGCUCUGGUCCCUGGGCUCGGCCUUUGCGUUGGGAGCCGCUGGUUUCUUGCGGGGCCCGAGUCGCUUGCUGGGUGAGCCUGACCGGCGCGGCCUGGCCCUCCUGUAUUUGGGCUCCGUGGGCGGAACUCUGUACGCUGCUCUCGGGCUCCGAAGUACGCUGUUCACGGUGCUGGGUGCCGUGAUCCAGCUGGCAGCCGGAGGAGCCUACUUGUUUUCCUCGUUGCCUGGCGGUGCUGCCGGGUUGCGCUAUGUCAGCAGCUUCCUGAGUAGCUUCGUGCGACGAAGUGUUUCUAAAGCUCUUCCAGUGUGAACUACUCUGUCGUCGGAAGUCCAACUCCCGGGCUUGGGAAGACUUGCUCCGUGAGGAGGCACCCCGGGCCGCUUUUCAAAGUAACGCGCAGAGCAGGAUAUGCAGCCUGAAUCCCAGGAAUACUUGAAUAGAAAGUUUCGUCUACGACUACUUUGUGAAUUCGGGGAGACAAAAGACCGGGAGAUAAUUCAGUUGCCUCACUGUGGCUGUUUGACUGCUAAGAAUUAUUAAAGUAUUAAAACAAAAGAUGCGACUUAAAACUGAACUACCUACACUAGCAGGUAGAAAGAGUUAAAGGUUUUGUAGUCUGUGUUUUCUUCCGACCAUUGAACAAAUUACCCCAUUAAUCAUUUUUAAAAUCUAUAGCCUUCUGAUUUCUCACUCUUGGACUAUAAAAGAGGCAGAGUAACAUUUCCUUAACCUAUUGGUUAUUGAAGUGUUUUGCCUCUUCUUACACCAUUUUGGGGUGGAUAUGAUUAGGAUAUUUUGCCAACAAUUUAAUUGAUGGCGUUAUUGGACUGGAAUUUGUCCAGCUGCUUUUAGCCUUUGAACUGCACUGAUUACAACUUCCUCACUCCAGUCAGUGGUACUACCCUAUUGGUCACUUUGUCCUGGACUGCAGAACAGACCUGGGUUAGAUGAGGUUAGGUAUAUUGUUUGUUAGAGAAUGUCAUCUGUGUGGUGAAAUUAGCAUGUAAAGCCAUACACAUGAACAUAUUUUCUGUACAUGUUCUGGAAUUCCAUUUCUCAAAGAGUUUUGCCUUGUUGAUCAUUCCCACCUCCUUUACUCUAUGCUCCUCUUCUGCAUUCCAACAAUGCUUUUGCGUCUGUAAUGUAUUUCUGAAUAGCCUGAAGAAGAAAAAAACCCACUAGUGUCAACUGUCUCACCCUCUUGCUGUCUCUCAUUUUACCUUGCUGUUUCUUAUUUCUCUCACAUAGUUCUCCUUCCCUCUUCACGCUUUCAAGAGUGCUAGACCGAUGGUGAGAAGUGAGCUGAUGGACCUAUCCUUUGGGGAACUUGAAAAAUACACCAAACUUUUGCUCCAGGCACCCAUUUUGUCUGCGUGGUAGGAAAAGGUUGCCCAUUAAACAGGAGAGCUUUCUCACUGAACAACCACUGCCAGUGCAACAUCAACAGGGGAGGGCUGCCCUGUACAAGACUCCCUUCUGUUGCUUUCCUACCAGCCCUUUCCUACGUUUUAACUGGGUCUGGAUCUGGCUCAGAAAUAUUUGCUGCAAAUACAAAUUAGGGCAAGUGAUUGUUUUUUCCUGAGGAAAGUAAAAAAUCAGCAGGGGAAAUGGACUGAGGAAUCUACAAAUUAUUUUGCUUUAAUUGUCCUGUAUAAAAGUGUAAGAACAACCCACUUUGCUUUGUUGCUACAUCUACAAACUACAUCAAUUCAGGGUUGGUGUCACAAUUUUGCAGCACAAAUGUACUUUUUAUUUCUCUUAAAAUUGUAGCCUGCAAAGCAUACCUCUUACAUGUUGUAUUCUCUGAAUUAAAUCUAGGGAAGUGUGUUUAAAAUUUAAACCUAAAUGCUUAAUAAACUAGCACAUUCUAGAAAAUAAUUUCUAACCGAUUAAAUACAAGUAG